UUCCCAAAUUCCAAUUGCCCAUAUCAUAUCUGCUGCAGCAGCAGCGGAGCAAAUUAGCAGCAAAUUCUCGGAGCGAAGAAAGUUGCAGCAAUGAGAUGACAAAGUUUUAAUCUUUAGAGGGAAAUUUGAAUUCUGAGGUAUUACUGUUUUGGAAGUUGAGAUUAACGGUCACAUUUCUUGCUUACCAGUGGCCGUAAUUCAAUGGCGGAUACAUCCCAUGGGCCUGCCAGCUUCUGGACUCAGGCCAAUGCUCUGCUCAGAAAGAACCUAACUUUCCAGAAAAGAAAUAUCAAACAGAAUAUUCGGCUAGUUUCAUUUCCAAUUCUCCUGUGUCUAUUGCUUGUUCUCAUCCAAUAUUUGGUCAACAAUGAACUGGAUAAGCCCGAAAACAGGUGUGGUUGCAGUUGUGUUGAUACAAAUGGCGAUGGCAAGUGUGAGAAAGUUUGUGGACUGGAAUACUCAACUUUAACACAAGGGCCCAGUUGCCCGGUUCCUGAUCCUCCACAAUGGCCUCCAUUGCUACAAGUGCCGGCUCCUGACUAUCGCGCUGUUAUGUCUGAUGUUAUUCCACAUAAAGACUUGCCAAAUGUGGCAUGUAAGAGGUCAGGAUCCUGUCCUGUAACUGUACUGUUCACGGGGAAAAAUCAAUCUCUCGGAGAAGUUUUGGCUGGGAGUAUGUUCAGAAGUUCUUCUACUCUGAAUUCAUCUGAUCUGGAUUAUUUAGCCCGUAGUGCUUUAGGAUCAGAAUCGACGCCUGACUAUUCCAACUUCCUUGAUCCGGCUUUCAUUUCGGGUCUUCCCCUAUAUAGUGUUCAGAGCCAAUGCUCACAAAACUCUACAUUUUCUGUUCCAAUUAACAUAUUAUCCAUCAAGAUCCAACAAGAGGUUAGAUGUGUUCAAGGUUUACAUUUGUGGCGGGAUAGUUCUUCUGAGAUAAACAGUGAGCUGUAUAAAGGUUACGAAAAGAGCAAUUCAGAGAGGAAGAUUAAUGAAAUACUUUCAGCCUAUGACUUCUCUAACUCAAACGGGAACAAUUUUAAUGUAAGCAUAUGGUACAAUUCAACAUUUAAGAAUGACAUGGGAAGAGGUGCUAUUGCUUUGAUGCGGCUUCCACGCUCAGUGAAUCUGGCAUCCAAUGCAUACCUUCAGUUUGUACAAGGAUUUGGUACUGAAAUGCUGUUUGAGUUUGUGAAAGAAAUGCCCAAGCCUGAAACCAAACUGAGGCUGGAUUUUUCUUCUCUUCUUGGUACACUCUUCUUUACAUGGGUCAUUCUACAGCUGUUCCCGGUUGUUUUGACAUCGCUGGUAUACGAGAGGCAACAGAAACUGAGAAUCAUGAUGAAAAUGCAUGGGCUUGGUGAUGGGCCUUAUUGGAUGAUUUCUUAUACUUAUUUUCUUACGGUAUCUUCAAUCUACAUGCUGUGCUUUGUUAUAUUUGGCUCGGGUAUAGGGUUAAAAUUCUUCUCACUGAAUGCCUACAGCAUCCAAUUUAUAUUUUACUUCAUCUAUAUAAACCUGCAAAUAUCGCUGGCUUUUCUAGUAGCUGCAAUGUUUUCAGACGUGAAGACUGCUACAGUUAUAGGUUACAUAUUUGUCUUUGGAACUGGGCUUUUAGGAGGCUUUCUUUUUCAAUUUUUUGUUCAAGAUACAUCAUUCCCUAGAGGUUGGAUCAUCGUUCUGGAACUAUAUCCUGGCUUCUCUUUAUAUCGUGGGUUAUAUGAGUUUGCACAAUAUUCAUUUAACGGGAAUUACAUGGGGACUGAUGGGAUGCGGUGGGGAGAUUUGAGUGAUAGCAAGAAUGGGAUGACAGAGGUAUUGAUUAUCAUGGUUGUUGAGUGGUUUGUGGUGCUUCUUUUUGCAUAUUACGUAGAUCAAGCUGUCUCAUCAGGAACUGGGAAAGGUACUUUCUUUUGCUUCCAACGCUUUAGGAAGAAGAAACUGCCAUCUCUUAGGAUGCGUAGUUUGCAAAGGCAGGGAUCUAAAGUUUCUAUUGAGAUGGAGAAACCUCUGUCAAGAGCCUGGAUAACGCUAACACCUUAUGUCCAGAGGGAGAAGGUUGAAAAAUUGCUACUGGAUUCAGAUACAACUCAUUCAGUCAUCUGCGACAACCUCAAGAAGGUUUAUCCUGGAAGAGAUGGAAACCCAGAAAAAUUUGCAGUGAGAGGAUUGUCUCUUGCGUUGUCUCGAGGGGAGUGCUUUGGUAUGCUUGGCCCUAAUGGUGCUGGGAAGACCUCUUUUAUCAGUAUGAUGAUUGGUCUCACAAAGUCAACCUCUGGCACUGCAUAUGUUCAGGGUCUGGACAUCCGGACUCAGAUGGAUGAAAUAUACACCAGCAUGGGUGUUUGUCCACAGCAUGACCUGUUAUGGGAAACCCUGACAGGUAGGGAGCAUGUGCUAUUCUAUGGAAGACUUAAGAACCUCAAAGGUUCUGUAUUAACGCAAGCAGUGGAAGAAUCUUUGAAAAGUGUCAAUCUAUUUCACGGUGGGGUUGCAGACAAACAAGCUGGAAAGUAUAGUGGAGGCAUGAAGAGAAGGCUUAGCGUUGCAAUUUCACUUAUAGGGGAUCCCAAAGUUGUUUACAUGGAUGAGCCCAGUACUGGACUUGAUCCAGCUUCAAGAAACAACUUAUGGACUGCUGUGAAGCGUGCAAAACAAGACCGGGCAAUCAUCCUAACCACACAUUCCAUGGAAGAGGCGGAGGUUCUGUGUGAUCGGUUAGGAAUUUUUGUGGAUGGUAGCUUGCAGUGCAUAGGAAACCCAAAAGAGCUGAAAGCAAGAUAUGGAGGAUCUUAUGUGUUCACAAUGACAACAUCUUCGAAUCACGAGCAAGAGGUGGAGAACUUGGUGCUGCGUCUCUCCCCAAGUGCUAACAGGAUAUACCAUCUAUCCGGAACCCAGAAGUUUGAGUUGCCAAAACACGAGGUCAGAAUUACAGAUGUGUUUGAAGCAGUUGAGAACGCAAAGAGCAGGUUCACAGUUUUCGCGUGGGGUCUAGCCGACACCACAUUGGAGGAUGUCUUCAUCAAGGUUGCACUUGGGGCUCAAACCUCCAGUGAAUUGACAUGAUUAUCAUAUUUUAACUCUGGAAAUAUUCAUUUGGAUCUCUUCUGUAGUUUCUGGUACAUAAAUAAGUAAUGAGUUGAUUAGUUUGUAUCUGUUAUACAUCGAUUCUUUCUCCUUUUGCAGAAGGAGAAAAUAUAUCGUCGCUUCUUCCCUUGUUUUCAGGUAGAAAGCAACGAAUUUGGUGUUCCGAUUGUUAGUCAUUGUUUUGUUCCCGAGCAAAGUUGGGCAGUUCACACUUUUGCAGUGACAAAAGUAUGUCGAAAUGUAUGUCUGGAUGGAUUGCAGAUUUAUAAGAACACAAAGUCUCUCUCCAUAUUAGCAA